GGCGUGUGUCUUCAUCUCUGACUCCAGAGAGGGGUGAUAAAAGGACGUUCCACUUUGUUUCCCUCUUUUUUGUCCCAGAGAGUUAGGGAAAUUGUAAAGGGACAGUCCAGACCUCGCACUGGUAGGGGAGAUCCCUUGGAUAGGUGUCCUGCUCCCCCAUAAACUCCUUUGUGCCCUGUUUCCCCAACCCCGGUCUGUGGGUUGAGAGAUAACCCUCUCCACAGAAGGCAGCAUGUAGAUGGAGAAACUGAGGCACAAACUGGGGGCUCAAACACCUCUUGCCCUUGAUUCUCUGAAUCAGUUUCUCUUGGGGUCAUAAGAAUGUUCUCCUCCCAUCAGUCCCAUUCUUCUCAAUCCUCUGAGGAGGUUUCAGGGUGACUUGGGAGGAGUGGCUUCCAGAGGAGGAGCAGCUGGGACUGAGUCAUGGCAGGAAGCUGAGGAGGGCGGGAGAUCACACCAGACUUAUAAAAGAAGAGCUAGUCCUGAAGCUCAGAGCAAUAACAGCUCCCAGACAAGCUCCAGCGACCGGCGCUUCACAUCCACCUGCCUGAGAAGACCCGCCUCUGGGUGUCCAGUGGUCAGUUCUUGCCCCAGGAUGGGGACCACAGCCAGAGCAGCCUUGGUCUUGGCCUAUUUGGCUGUCGCUUCUGCUGCCUCUGAGGGAGGCUUUGAGACUGCAGGGCAGGGGCAGCUGAGGCCAGAGCACAUCAUGCAGCACUUUCAAGAAGUUGGCUACGCGGCUCCCCCCUCCCCACCCCUGUCCCGAAGCCUCCCGGUAGAUCACCCUGACACCUCUCAGCAUGGACCGCCCUUUGAGGAACAGAAGGAAAUUCAGCCCUGUCAGGACACCACCCCUGUCCAACAGGAAGAGCUGCUACCUUCCAGAUUCCCUGCUGAAAAGGAAGUGCAAGAUGGUUCCCCUCUCCCUCAGGAAGCUGUACCCCUCCAACAAGAGCCGCUCUCUCUCCAGCACCCCAGUGAACAGAAGGAAGGAACGCCAGCUCCGUUUGGGAACCGGAAUCUUCCAGAACCUGAGUCCUGGAAUGCAGCCCAGCACUGCCGACAGGGCCGGUCCCGAGGGGGCUGGGGCCACCGGCUGGAUGGCUUCCCCCCUGGGCGGCCUUCUCCAGACAAUCUGAAUCAGAUCUGCCUUCCUGACCGUCAGCAUGUGGUAUAUGGCCCCUGGAACCUGCCACAGUCCGGCUACUCCCACCUCUCUCGCCAGGGUGAGACCCUCAAUUUCCUGGAGACUGGAUAUUCCCGCUGCUGCCACUGCCGCAGCCACACAAACCGCCUAGAGUGUGCCAAACUCGUGUGGGAGGACACAAUGAGCCGAUUCUGUGAGGCCGAGUUCUCGGUCAAGACCCGACCCCACUGGUGCUGCACACGGCAGGGGGAGGCUCGGUUCUCCUGCUUCCAGGAGGAAGCUCCCCAGCCACACUACCAGCUCCAGCCCUGCCCCAGCCAUCAGCCUGAUAUCUCCUCGGGUCUUGAGCUGCCUUUCCCCCCUGGGGCGCCCACAUUGGACAAUAUCAAGAACAUCUGCCACCUGAGGCGCUUCAGCUCUGUGCCACGCCACCUGCCAGCGACUGACCCCCUCCGAAGGCAGCUGCUGGCACUGACCCGGCUGGAGAGGGAGUUCCAGCGCUGCUGCCGCCAGGGGAGCAACCACACCUGUACAUGGAAGGCUUGGGAGGAUACCCUUGACAAAUACUGUGACCAGGAGUAUGCCAUAAAGACCCACCACCACUCGUGCUGCCACUACCCUCCCAGCCCUACUCGGGAUGAGUGCUUUGCCAGUCGGGCUCCCUACCCCAACUACGACCGGGACAUCUUGACCAUUGACAUCAGCCAAGUCACCCCCAACCUCAUGGGCCACCUCUGUGGAAACCACAGAGUUCUCACCAAGCAUAAACAUAUUCCUGGGCUGAUCCACAACAUGACUGCCCGCUGCUGUGACCUGCCAUUUCCAGAACAGGCCUGCUGUGCAGAGGAGGAGAAACUAACCUUCAUCAAUGAUCUGUGUGGUCCCCGACGUAACUUCUGGCGAGAUCCUGCCCUCUGCUGUUACCUGAGUCCUGGGGAUGAACAGGUCACCUGCUUCAACAUCAAUUAUUUGAGGAACGUGGCUCUAGUGGCUGGAGACACUGAGAACUCCAAGGGCCAGGGGGAGCAGGGCCCAACUGGAGGAACAAAUAUCAGCUCCACCUCUGAGCCCAAGGAAGAAUGAGUCACCCCAGGGCCCUGGAGGGUCAGAUGGGGAGAACCCCACCCUACCACAUCCCCCUGAACACUCAUUACAGUAAACACCUCUUGGAUUUGGUA